AAUCAGAUUCUGUUCCGUUCGUCCUAAUGGUCCGUGGCAAAGGCAAACAACAGCAAUACAAAUCUUUCGAAGCACCUUCCGAUAGCCAGUUGGCGGUUUAUCUGAAAGAUCAAGAGCAAAAGAUGAAAGAGGAGAACGACAACGUGAAGCGAUUGACGCUUAACAUCACGGAACGUUUGGAAGAGGAGGACUAUCAGGAGUCGUUAUUGCAGAGUCAGCGAUCGCCGGCGAUUUAUAAGAUGAGAAUACAGAAACCACCCAAAUUUAAGCACCCCAAGGGAGCUCCUGAUGUGGAUGCAAUUUUUCAUUGAGCAUAGCUCGAUGCAAUAUGAGAUGAGAUGAUCGAAACGUCAUAUUAAGUUAUUGUGUGAAAUGAAGCGGAGCAGUUAAUAGUAUAAUGCAUAAAAUAUCAAAUUAAUGGCAAAUGAUGUUUUGAAUUUAUCAUUAUACACUAUGCAUCAGUCUUUUUUA